UCAAUGUUUGUUGGCUUAGGUCUAAAAUUCAAUAUGGCGGUUGUUUAAUUAAAAAUACAAAUUAAAAAUUUUGAUCUUCAUUUUACGUGAAAUUUUUAUUAAUUUAACAUUAAAAUAUCGCAAAAUACUAAAAAUUCAUUAUUUAAUGUGCUGAGUAAUAUACUUUAUAUAUAUGCAAAAAAGAAAAAUAUAGAAAAAUGGCUAAAAUCAGGGAAAACACUAGAAAAGUUGCUGCUGCUAAUAAAGCAACAACAAGAAAAGCAAAAACAACCACGCCUGUGAAAACAAUGAAUGGAAAAAUACAUAAAGUGCGUGUUAAUGUAAAAAAUAUGAAAAAAUCCGUAAAAUCUAAAGAGGAAAUCUCAAAAACAAAUUCAAUUGAAUGUAAUGAUCAAACUGUAUCACCAAAAACUCGUUUAUGUUUUGUUAAAUUACGACGCACCCUCGCUAACGAUACCAGCAGCAGCAGCUCAUACAACAAUAUUAAUAACAACAACAAAAACACAUUGCAGGCACAAUGUAAAGUGAAUGAAAAAAAUCAAAAUAACAUAGAACUGAAAUCUCCACAGCUUAAUGGGUCUACCGAGAAAACAAAGAAAGCUGGACGGCCAAGAAAAAAUGCCAUUAAAAUUAUAAAUAAUGCAUCUAUCCCAGAGAAAAAUGAAAAUUUUGAUGGUAAAACUUUAGAUGCAGCUGCAGAAAUUCGAGAUAAUAUUGCAUUCAAUAUAAAUUCUUCCACAAAUAACUCUCCAAGACGUUGUUUUGUAAAACUAAAGCGUACAGCUAAGCUAAUAAAUAAAAAGCAAAAUAAACAACAACUUCCAGAGGCUGAAGGAUUAAAAUCGCAAAGAAAUAAAAGAUCUGCUUUAGAGACGAAUGGUUUAGAGCCGAUAACUCCUAAAUCUAUUAAGAAUUGUGUAGUUAAAUUAAAAAAUACUCCAUCAAUAACGAAGACAAAAGAGGUUAACGAGGAACCAUCAACCCCCCACUCGGCCAAAAGUUGUGUCGUUAGACUGAAAAGAACUCCAAUUGUGGAAAAACCAAACGAUUUCGUCAUAGAACCAAAAAGUCCGAAUACUACUAGAGCAUGUGUAGUAAGACUACCAAAAACUCCUAUUUUACUGGGAAAUAAAGAAAAUACUGAAUGUACAGAACCAGUGACACCAAAUUAUCAAUCACCAAUACCAGUAAAUAAACGUAAUAAUUUUCAUAAAUUAAGUUUAACAAAAUCAUUAAGGAAAUCUCUAGAAAAUAAAGAAAUAGAAACAAUAUUAAAUUCAAAACACAAUGAUAACAAAGAGACAAAUAAACUAGAAUCAGAAAUAAUUAAUAAUAACACGGAAACAAAUAAUAAUUCAGUUAAUCGUUUAAAACCUCAGAAUUGUAUUAAGCAUUUUGCCAAAUUAUCCUUAAGACGAACAAACCAGCAACCAAAUAAAAAUCUAACAACAAAUUUGGAAGUAACACAAUUUGAACCACAACAAAAUUCUACCAUUUGCUUUGAACCAGCAAGAAAUUCUACUUUAUUAGAAUUUGGUUUUACAAAAGAUAAAAAUAAAGUAAAACCCAAGCAACUUUCAAAAGACAAAUCUUCAUCUCAAAAUCUAGCCAAUAAAUCUGAAGAAAUAGUUGAUCUAUUAAAUUCCCUAGAUGAAGAUGAUGAGCUUUUAUUAAAGUCACCAGAAAAGCCGAAUAAUGAACGUGAGCCUGAGAAAAUUGUGGAAAAAGUAAUAGAGAAAGGUAUAGAAACAACUCAAAAUAGUAAAAGUCCAGCUAAAAGUCAUACCCAUAAAUUCUUUCAUCGUCAUAAAGAAGAUGCUGCAGAAAAUAUGACAAAAGCCUUUACUGAACCAAAAGCAAAAUCACCAGCUAAAGCAGCUAAUGGCAAGAGACGACGCAUUUUGGCAAAACGUUCUACGGCGGCAAAACGAGACAAUAUUUAUGAAUUUUUAUCACAAUCUCAAACUUCCGAUUCAGAUGGUACAACAAAAAAUACUGAUCCCACAGCUGAUAUUAUUAAGAAACUUAUAGAUCAAGGGAAAGUACGUGUGGCCACAAAUUGUAAAGGAAAAGGUAAACCAAUAUUUAAACGCAAAGCGCCACCGCCUAAACAAAUGAAAAAAAUAAAACCAACGGUGGACAAAAAACCAAAAAAUACAAGGAAUAACAUAAAGAAAGCCGCAGAAAUUGAGAAACCAGCGCCUAUAAUAGAUGAUGAAGUUGAUGUAAUACACAUGGAUGAUGAUUUUGAUAACUAUGAACCACUUUUACCAGAUAAUGAAGACAAUAUGGAAAAUCAAAGAACUACAACAGUUAAUAAGGCAUUAAACCAAAAUAACAAUAGACAUCAUGUAAAUGAUCAUGAAGGUACAUUUAGUCGCUUGGCCAGAAGUGUGCUAAUAAAUGAAGCGGGUCGUUCUGAUUUGCAAAGAAAAAAUGCUUCCUUACUAUUAGAAAUGGUAAAGAAAUUUGUUAGUACACCGAAAAACAAACAAAUGCCUUCUCCUCAAGCCGCCUUAGAAUCAGAAUUAUCUCCUAUUCCCAUACCGCCACUUAGACCAGCAACAAAACCCUCACCUUGGCGCGUUGAUGAAGAUGCUUAUUUACCUAAAACGUUUAAUUUUGCUAGAAGUUCGGGAAAUUUGCCAUCAUUUUCUAGUGAUUUUAUACCCUCAACACCAAGAAAAGAAAAACCGAAAAUUCAAACAACCACAGUUUCUAAUAAUUAUUCCCCUAUAAUAGGUAAUCAAAAUAAAACAGUAUCCAAUGUAACACCUCUUCAAAGUCCUCUUCAUAAUAAUGUAGAAAACAUACAAGCACAAACAGCCAAUGAAAAUGUACCCGCACAAAUACCUAAUCAAAAUGAAAACUCUGUUCUCUCAUCAUUUUCGUCCAACGAUUCAAAUGCAGAAAAUAUGCCACCACCUAGACCGUUACAGGAUAACUGUAAUGAGAAUGAAAAUAUAUUUGCUUUGAAACAACUUCCUAAUCCUAGAAGAGCCCUCAACUAUCGCAGUCCACUGAAAGCUAUUAAUAUUUUAGAAGUGGUACACUUGCCACCCUAUAAAAGUGCAAAUAAAACACCCAAUUCCAAGGAGCCAAUAACAGAAUCAAUUGAAAUGUUUGGUUUUGAAGAAAAUUUAAAUGAUGAUUCUUUGCAAGUCGAUAAGACUGUUGCAUCUGUUAAUACUUCACCCCAAGCUGACAUUAAUACAAAAACUAAAAACCAUCCUAAAGAAGAUCUUUUUGGCUUUGAAGAUUUUCUAUCUCAAACGGAAUAUUCUAGCCAGGAAAAUGAUGAAACCAAUAACAAUGAAACUACAAACAAUAAUCAAAAUUUAACUAUACAAGAUAAACUGCAAGAUUUACGCAAAUUAAAACCGGCUGAAAAUGAUCUUGCAUUAAGUAUACUUAAAGAAAGUAAGAGAAAUCCUUUAAAAACCAUACCGCUAUUUGAUGAAGAGGCUGCCUCAAAAGCAGAUGGCUUUAGACAGAGAGGUAUUAAAGAAAUGCUAUGUUCCACUCUGAUAAAUCCACAGCCAUCAACUAGUAAGGAAGCUUUAAAGCAUCUAAACAAAUCAAAUUGGAAACAUUCAAAAAGACCAAAUUUUGGUGAGGAGUUAGAUUUAAGUGAACUCUUUAAAGAUCCUGAACCAGAAACAACUUUCAAUGAAAAUGAUGCCCAUCGAACCUAUGUACGCCCCUAUAAGCGCAAGCGACGUUUAAAGCAAAAUAAAUAUGUUAUGUUCUUAGACAGUGAUGAAUCUGACGACGAACAUAACUCGGCUGAGCAACAAAAGCAUCAACGUAGUCAUGAAACUGAUACUAGUUCGGAACAGGCUCCAAGAAAGAAACGUCAACGCAAAGAGCCCAAAGAAAAACCAGAACUUGCUGAAUUCGUGGAAGAGUUCAAUGAAAUGUGUAAAGAAGUUGAUAGCUAUGAGUUAAUUGUGGAAAAGAGUGCAUGAGAUCUUGUAGAGAUUGUAUGUAUACUUAAAAAUAUAUGUAUUUUAUGUUUUUGUUUCAAAUAUUUUUAGUUUAAUACUUUUAUUUGCCUUAAAAAGGUUUAUGAUUUUAAAUUUAUGUGUGUGUUUGAUUAUGUUUAGUUCAUUUUAGUUUAGCUCUGUUUUUUGCAAUUUUAUUUUUUAAGUAUUUUAUAAACCUAUUUUUUUUGUUUUGAGAAGAAAUAUAUUGAUUGAUUCAAUAUGCCUUAUUUCUAAUUAUAGAAAUGUUUAAUUUA